CACGUGACGAAGUGGUCCAACAUGGCGACUGUAGCGGAGCGCUGAGUGGACUGACGAGGUGUCCCCUCACCUGUCACUGCUGCCGCCGUCUCCCCCCCCUCUCCUCAUCCUCCUCGCCCUCGCCUCUCGUGCCCGGCCUCCUCUCUUCUGCUCGUCCACCUCGUCUCCCUCCGUCUCUUGCGCGGUGCAGGCGCCGAUUAUGGCGCGCUGGUGCCCGGUGGCGAAGGAGAAACACGGAGUCGCCAUAUUCAACUUGUCGGCGAACACCGAGCACCAGCUGCCUCUGCAGAUCGGCGACGUGGUGCACAUCCUGGAGAGCUGUGACGGAUGGUUUCGGGGCUACACAAUCAAGAACAAGGCUCGGAAGGGUAUCUUCCCAUCCGCCUACAUUCAUAUCAAGAAUGCACUGUUUGACAAAAAGGGGAGCACGGAGGUGGUGGCGCCAGGACCCACGGAGUCGCCGCUUGUGCAGGAGGUGACCACUACGCUGCGGGAGUGGGCCGUCACGUGGCGCCAUCUCUACGUGAACUAUGACAGCAAGAGGUUCAGGCAGCUGGGUGACAUGAUGUACGAGCUGAUAAACUGGCGCUCGCAAAUCCUGUCCGGCACGCUGCCCCUCGACGAGCUCAAGGAGCUCAAGCAGAAGGUGACGGCCAGGAUCGACUACGGAAACAGCAUUCUGGGCCUGGACCUGGUGGUACGAGAUGACGAUGGAAAUAUCCUGGACCCUGACCAAACGAGCACGGUCAGCCUGUUCCGUGCGCACGAGAGCACCACGAAGCAGAUCACCGACCGCCGCAAGGAGGAGCAGAAAUCGAAUCAGGACGCGUUCCGGGCAAACCUGGCGGGCAUGCACUCGCACAGCCUCUUUGUGACCGUCAAGAACUUUGUGUGCAAGAUCGGCGAGGAGUCGGAGGUGUUCAUGUCCCUCUACGACCCCGCGGAGGGGAUGUUUAUCAGUGAGAAUUACCUGGUGCAGUGGGGCAGCCAAGGGAUGCCCAAAGACAUCAACAAGCUCAACAACCUGCGCGUCGUCUUCACCGACCUUGGAAGUAGAGACUUGAAGCGGGACAGGAUCUGCUUGGUGUGCCAGAUCAUCCGGAUUGGCUACAUGGACCUCAAGGAGACCCACCCCAAGAAGAGCACCUCGGGGCUGCGUCGCCCCUUCGGGGUGGCCGUGAUGGAAAUCACCGACAUCAUCAACGGCAAGGGAGACAGUGAUGAGCAGAAGGAGCACUUCAUCCCCUUCCAGCAGUUGUCGGGAGAAAACGACUUCCUCCAGAACGUCAUCAGCAAGGUUGUGUCGUCUAAAGAGGUCAACCACAAGGGCCAGGGCCUCUACGUCUCUCUGAAGAUGCUUCAUGGCGACAUCAAGCAGAUCCGCCAGGAGUUCCCCCAUCUGGUCGAUCGCUCCACAGCCAUCGCCCGCAAGCUGGGCUUCCCAGAAAUCAUCAUGCCUGGGGACGUCAGGAACGACAUCUACGUUACCCUGUUAAACGGGGAGUUCGACAAGGGCAACAAGACGACGCCCAAGAACACCGAGGUCACCAUGUGCGUCUGCGACGAGGAGGGAAAGGUCUUGGAGAAUGUGAUCUGCUUGGGCGCUGGAACCAACCCCGUAACAGAGUACAAGUCGGUGGUUUACUACCAGGUCAAGGCACCCCAGUGGUUUGAGACGGUCAAGGUGGCAGUGCCCAUUGAAGACAUGUAUCGCAGUCACCUGAGGUUCACGUUUCGCCACCGCUCCUCCGUCGAGUCCAAAGACCGCAGUGAGAAGGUGUUCGGCAUGGCGUUCGUGAAGCUCAUGAGAUACGAUGGCACCACCCUCUUGGACAACACUCACACGCUCAUCGUCUACAAGGGCGACACGAAGAAGCUGGAGGACGCGUCGGCGUAUCUGGGCCUCACGUCGAUGGAAGACCGCUCCACCCUGCAGUCGCCGUCCAAGCCGCUGCCCGCCAGCAGCCUCGCGGUCAGCAAGGAGCGCCUCUACAUCUCCACGCUCGUGUGCUCCACCAAGCUCACACAGAACGUGGAGCUGCUUGGGCUAUUGAAGUGGCGCUCCAACCCCAACAUCCUGGAGGCCAAUUUGAGGCAGCUCAUGAAGGUCAACGGCGAGGAGGUGGUCAAGUUCCUGCAGGACACACUGGACGCACUCUUCAACAUCAUGAUGGAGAACUCGGAGAGUGAGAUUUACGACCGCCUCGUGUUCGAUGCCUUGAUCUUCAUAAUAGGACUCAUCGCAGAUCGCAAGUUCCAGCAUUUUCACCCCGUGCUGGAGGCCUACAUCUCGCAGCACUUCAGCGCCACGCUGGCUUACGCGAAACUCACGAAGGUGCUCAAGUACUAUGUGGACAACGUGCAGGCCAAGGACAUCGCUGACCCUCUGCUGCGUGCCAUGAAGUCCCUGGAGUACGUCUUCAAGUUCAUCGUGCGGUCAAGGAUCCUCUUCGUGCAGCUCUACGAAGACAAAGACAGGGAGGAGUUUGAGGACUCCCUGCGCGAGCUCUUCAAAUCUAUCAACAACAUGAUGCGCAAUACCCAGGACUCCACGCUGCUCGUGCAGGGAGCCGCCAUGAAGUAUCUGCCUCUGAUCGUGCGCGACGUCCGCGGUGUGUUUCAUCUGACGGAGCUCAGCCACCUGUUCCAGGAGUUCAUCAGGAACAUCCCGCAAGAGCGGCUGACCAAGCAGAAGCUCUGCUGCAUGACUGAAAUGGUGUACAGAGACCUGUUUCUGCACAAAGAGUGCCGCGACGUGCUGCUGCCCAUGAUGACGGAGCAGCUCAAGUCCUACCUGGAAAAGAUGGAGGAGCUGGAGCCUUGUGUGCAGCUGCUCAGCAACAUCCUGGAAGUUCUGCACCUCAAAAACGUGGGCCCUACAGAGAUGCACAUCCAGCUCAUCAUGGAGUCGCUGCUGAGGACCGUCAAUAGAACCGUCAUCGCCAUGGACCACAACUCCCUUCUCAUGAACCAUUUUGUGGCGUGCAUGACGGCCAUCCUGCGACAGAUGGACGAGAGCCACUACCAGUACUACAUCCAGACGUUCAAGACACGCUCCGACCUCGUCGACUUUCUGAUGGAAACAUUCAUCAUGUUCAAGAACCUCAUCGGCAAGAAUGUGUACCCGGCGGACUGGGUCAUCAUGAACAUGAUGCAGAACAGGGUGUUCCUCCGAGCCAUUAACCAGUUUGCAGACACGCUGAACAGAAUGUUUUUGGACAGUGUCAGCUUCGAGUUGCAGCUGUGGAACAACUACUUCCACUUGUCGGUCGCCUUCCUCACGCAGGAGUCGCUGCAGCUGGAGAACUUCUCGCACGCCAAGCGCGCCAAGAUUGUCAGCAAACACGGAGACAUGCGGCGAGCCAUCGGAUUCGAGAUCCGGGACAUGUGGUACAACCUCGGUCCCCACAAGAUCCGCUUCAUCCCCGAGAUGGUGGGACCCAUCCUGGAGAUGACUCUCAUCCCUGAGACCGAGCUACGCAAGGCGACCAUCCCCAUCUUCUUCGACAUGAUGCAGUGCGAGUACCACUUCAACGGCUCCUUCAAGAAGUUUGAGAAUGAGAUCAUCACCAAGUUGGACCACGAGGUGGAAGGAGGCAAGGGUGACGAGCAGUACAAGGUCCUGUUCGAGAAGAUCCUCCUCGACAGCUGCCGCCGGCACAAGUACCUGGCGAAGCCGGGCGAGAGCUUCGUCAUCGUGGUGAAGCGGCUGCUGGAGCGGCUGCUGGACUACCGCAUGAUCAUGCACGACGAGAACAUGGACAACCGCAUGAGCUGCACCGUCAACCUGCUGAAUUUCUACAAGGAAAUCGAGCGGGAAGAGAUCUACAUACGGUACCUGUACAAGCUGCACGACCUACACCUGCAGUGCGACAACUACACGGAGGCCGGGUACACGCUGCUGCUCUACACCCACCUGCUGAAGUGGUCGGACGAUCCGUGCGCGUCGCACUUGAACCUGCGAGGAGCCCAGAAGGGCAACACCCAGCGCGAGCUCAAGGAGAUGCUCUACGGCGACAUCAUCGGCUACUUCGACAAGGGCAAGAUGUGGGAGGAGGCGAUUGGGCUGUGCAAGGAGCUGGCGCAGCAGUACGAGACGGAGAUCUUCGACUACGAGCAGCUCAGCAACAUCCUGAGACGACAGGCGAAGUUUUACGAAAACAUCAUCACGGUGAUGCGGCCCAAGCCAGACUACUUUGCCGUGGGCUACUUUGGGCAGGGCUUCCCGUCAUUCCUGCGGAACAAGAUGUUUAUCUACCGCGGCAAGGAGUACGAGCGGCGCGAGGACUUCGAGGCGCGCCUCCUGGCCCAGUUCCCCAACGCCGAGAAGAUGAAGACGACGAGUCCGCCCGGCGAGAACGUGCGCAGCGCUCCGUCGCAGAACAUCCAGUGCUUUACCGUUCAGCCCCUGCAGAGGGACCAGCCCAAGUUUAAAAACAAGAGCGUCAACGAUCAGAUCCUCAAUUUCUACAAAGUGAAUGAGGUUCAGUGCUUCACGUACUCCCGACCUGUGCGCAAGGGAGACAAGGACCCAGACAACGAGUUUGCCAACAUGUGGAUCGAGCGGACCACCUACAGCACAGAGUACAGGCUGCCCGGAAUCCUGCGCUGGUUUGAAGUCAUUGAGACUUCAAAGGUUGAGAUCAGCCCGCUGGAGAACGCCAUCGAGACGAUGAACAAGACCAACGAGAAGAUCCUGAACCUGGUGAACCAGCACCAGAACGAUGGCAGCCUCCCCAUCAACCCCCUCUCCAUGCUGCUCAACGGCAUCGUGGACCCCGCCGUGAUGGGCGGCUUUUCCAACUACGAGAAGGCUUUCUUUACGGAAAAAUACGAGCGGGAGCAUCCGGAGGAUGAGGAAAAGAUCAACAAACUCAAGGACCUGAUCGCCUGGCAGAUCCCCAUGCUGGGCGCUGGGAUCAAGAUCCACGGGGACAAGGUGUCGGAGGCGCUGCGCCCGUUCCACGAACGAAUGGAGGGCUGCUUUCGCCAGCUGCGCGAGAAGGUGGAGCGGCAGUACGGGCAACGUGCGCUGCCGGCGCUGGAGGACUACAGAGGCAGCCGUGCGCGCUCUAUGGUGCGCUCGUUCACGCUGCCGUCCAGCGCGUGCCGCCCGCUCUCCGUGGCGUCCGUGGCGUCCGUGGCCUCCAUCUCGUCGCACAACUCGGACGGCGCCGUGCCCCACAUCACCGUCUUUGGCAGCGGCGGCGGCGACGGAAUCGACCCGCCGGUGCCCAGGAAGCCCGCGACGGGGACGCUGUCGCGGUCGCGCGACAAGCUCAACGAGGAGGACGAGCGGCGCGAGCGCCACAAGCGCGGCAGCCGCCACAUCGACGGCGCGGAGCGCGAGGCGCGCCUCACCGAGCCCGGCGCCCCCGCCGACGUCGUGACGCUCACCGAGACGAUCACACCGCAGAGGCCCCAGCGGCCACGAAGCGCGGUGAACCCCCUGGGUGACCGCCGUCUGUCGCUGACUCCUCAGUCACAGGCUGGACCCGGCACGUCUCGCCCACAGUCCAUGGAGUGUCAGCUGCUCUCCCCGACCAGCGCAGGUUCCGAGUUCACGAUAUUCACAUCAGGAAGUGUGGUGGAUGGUGUUGGGGUCGAACCUCCGCCCUUGCCCAUGAAGAGCUCGAACCAAGACGGGAGUGACGACUCUACCUUGCCACCACCCCCGCUGCCAGUCAAAGUGGAGCACAGCAAGGGGACUCCACCUCCACCCCCUCCAAAGGGCUCCAGGGGACAUGUGCCACAGCUCUAGGGACGUCCGCUGCACCAGCUCACGCGAUCGGGGGCUGCCAUUCGCGGACCGUCCCUGCGCCCUUAACACUUUUCAAUCAGCGCAAGUCAAGGAGAAAAAAAAGCUGUCUCAAACGAGCGUUGGGCAAUGCUCAUCUCGGUCGGUGUCCCUGAGCGUGGCACUCAAACUUCCACAUUCCUUUUGGGUGGGGCGAAAGGCGGCGUGGCCUGAUCACGCCACAGGAAGAUCUUUUUUUGCCCUUGAAUUAUGCAAAAUAUGAGCCGAGUUGACCCCUUUAUCCAAGAUUUAAAUGCUUUAACAACACCACCAACCCAAUCGGAUGAUGUAAUAAUGCACGUGGCGCUGUCGUGAAUUAAUGGGUGGCGGCAGCAGUCAUUUGUUGUGGCCGCUCAAUAGGAGUGCUCGCUGCUCGCGACAUUGAAGAGUCCCCCAAAGGGAACAAAACUUUCGUUGGCUUAGAAGGCCUCGCAGCUCACCAAUGAGCCCGGUAUGCAACGGGUCUCCGGUGCUCUUUGCUGUAAAGCGAACGUAAUGUAUUAAAGACCACGUGGCGAUACUUGCAUGAGUAUAGACCACCUGUUGCUGAUGUUUGUGCCUGAAUUUGAGAAAAAAAAUAUAUAUUUUUAAAAAUCACACGUUCCUUGAUAUGUAGUAAUAAUAAUUAUGAAAAGCGUCUUCUGUUUGUGGGAUAGGCGUUACUAAAACAUUCUUUGUGGCUCAAGAUCAAGAAGUUAUUAUCGCUUAUUCCACCUCUUCACGGCUUCCUUCCUUCAUCCAGUUCUCUCAACUGUUAUAUAGUCAACGCCUCUCGAGUCCGCCGUGAGUCUCCCACAACCUUCCCUUGGGUUUCUGACUUCUCUGCGUCACUCCAACAAUGCCCAUCUUUGUAACCCGUCCCGUCUUCCCCCCCCCCCUACCCUGCACCUGUGCUCCCACUCCCACUUAAUCACAUCCCUGUCUUGGUGUCCAAAAUGAUUUCUUGUCAUGUUCUUGUCUGAAUGUUUACGGUGCUUACUCUGUCCUGCCACUCCAGAUACACGCGCACUAAAAGGGUGAUUUUCUCUUGAUUUUUUGCAGUCCAGCAGCAGCAUAGACAUAACUCUUACUGCAAAUGCACGUCUAAACACUAACGCCGCUCAAUUUCACUUGGUAGACUUGACAUUUCCAUUGACUCAUUCUCACGUGCAUAGGAUUUGAAAGUAUCUUCAAACAUUGGACCAUCAUAAUAACACCGAUGUUUACACAACACAAUUUCGUCUGUCAUUCAUCCGAACACAUCUGCACCAUUCCCGAGUGCUUCACACCAUCCCACCCACCUCUUAAUGACCCCUAUCCCUCGCAGGGGAAGAGUCAGUGCAUCACUAACUCCCAUACAAAUGAAUUCCUCUCUGAUGACUCAACCAGGGGAUGACUUAUUGUGCUCUCUGUCUGCCACAAAUACCUCCAAUUCUCUUUUUCCAGGGGGGGAUGCUUGCACUGUGUCACAUCGGGCAGCACUUGCCCAGAGUAAUACCAGCAUGCGGUUGUGGCGGAGUGAGAGUAAGCGCGGCCCUUCCACUCUCACGCGGAUUGAUCGGCUCCGAUCUGGGCUCCCAACUUCAAGGAUAUAUCUUGGGGCAGUCCCGCUAAUAUUUUUCCGGAGGUGUGAUGCGUGCAUGAUAAGCGGGCCUCUGAAAGCACCCCGCGUGAGGCCUGCACCCUCCAGGCCCACCGAGGUGUGCGGCUUUUGAACAGCGCCUCCCCGAUGGCGGACAGCUUUGAGUCUGCAUUGCAAAAAGUCCAAGUUAGAUGUGACAGUGUACAAAGCAACCGGGCUUGAUGGAUAGCUUUUGAUUUUCCUGUAAAGAACUUACAAGGUGGACGGAUGGCAAGGUAUAGCGCGCAUGCAUGUUUGUGUGUGUGUGUGUCCGCACGAGGCAUUUAAACCAACAGGAGUGAACAAUGAACAUAUAAAACUAAAUAUCCUAAAAUCCAUUCGUGGAUUCGCAUACUUCUAUGAACACAAUUCAAACAAACUACUGAUCUUUAAAAACACUGAACGUGUAGCUUCGGAAGGCUAGGUUUCAGACCAACACAAAUUGUGUUCUUAUUCUCAAAUCAUCGCUGGGCAGUGUUUAUCUCUGAGGGCCACCCUGGGUCAAAUGGUAGAACUUCCACAUUCCUCAGGCAGGGGUCAGGAUAUCCAUUGCAUGUUCUUAGGAAGACUCCACCAUGCCACGCCGUGGUCACCCACGAGUGACGAUUAGCACUGGUCAAUAACAUCGGUACCAUGUGGAAAAUACAUUCUAUUCGUCCUAUACAGAGAACGUUUCGCUGCUUAGCAAUGAGGAUUUUAUACCACUCCAGAGACAAUAAUGGGAAUGUGUUCCACGCAUUGUGUGUAUGGUGAACUUCUUUCGCAUCAUCCGUAGCCCACCGUGCUAAUCGGAGGUUCGUUUGAGCAGAGACACUCUCGCACUUUGUACUUUGACGUCAGCCUUUGGUGAUAUGAACAUCUGCACCAUCAUCGUGUUUUUGAACAUCUUUCCAACAACCCCGCAGCCUGCACUCAUUACCCAAUCGGUGUUCUCAUCCACAAUAGAGGUUUUUGUUUGGUUAGAUCGCGUAAAUAUAAAUGUGUCGUUAAACUUGCCACCACCCGACACAGCCAAUUAGUAAGCGUUGUCACGUAAACAGAACAUGGCAAUUCGUCACUAGUACAGCACACCGGUGUGUUGGAGAGCCAAGCCACGACAUUUACAAUCUGAGUACUCUCCAACACACAAGCGGUGUGCUGUUCGAGCAACGAAUUGGCACGUUCUGUUUACGAGACAACCCUUAGUCGCCAUGUCGGGUGGUGACGGGUUUCACGACAUUUAUAUUCACGCGAUCUAACUCAAGAACACCUCUAGUAUGGAUGCUGGUGUCGAGAGCCCUGCCACGUGUCUAAACGGAGUGUUUUCAUUGUUGACACCCAGCAAGACGGGGCGCUCAGCCCCCUCGAGGUUCAAUUCACUUGAACGCGAUUGCGCCCGCACCAUUUCCUUCUGCGCUCGUCAAUGAGUCACAGCGGCAGCUGCACCCUCACUACUCGAGAGCCUCGGCUCUGCAUCUGUGUACUUCACACUUAAAUGCCGUCUCCUUAAAAGCCACCGUCCAAGGGGGCCCCGCGGUGGUGCAUUGUGUGUCCAGUGACGAUUCGUACAAAGCUGAAGUUCCUCACGCGCCACUAUCGCCGCCUUGCACAUCUUGAGAACCGCACGAAUGUGUGCACGCGCACAAAGACAAAGAUCCCCCGUGUAGCCUCUAACAGACUGCUGGGGCAAGUGCUGUUAGCGAGGGGGUCGGUGGACAACAUCAGGCCUGCCCGCCUUUGCUAAUGGUCACACACCGCACCAGGUACUCAUUUAAUGUUGAGGCAACCUGGGGGAGGCCCAGGACCGGCUGAAAUGUUAAUCGCCGAUGUUCACCGUGAGCGGGAAUCGAACUUUGGUCACCGGGUUCGUAGCAGUGCAGUGCGCUAACCAUAACACUACCGCUCCCCAAUACGGUACACCGGGUGACAGGUGAUUGCCAAUCUAGGCACUCACCACGCAGCCACAAGUCUCACGUCAAAGAGAUUUGGCUGCCCAGUUCCCAAAUGAUGUCACCUGUUCAAACGCAUUCAUUUCACUUAUAGACUUAAAAAAAAAAGCUCUCCACGUCCAGACACCGAGCUAGAGGCCCCCUAUCCGUGUUUUUCACUUAUUCCACCUAAUUUUGGACACAAGCUGGGCUGGCGUCUCCGUUUAAUACUCUCGGGCAAUGCCAUUGUGUACCAUUUUGUCAAGAUGGGAAAACCGACCCAUUGAGUUCCACGUUUCACCACGUGUUGAGUCCCAGCCACGAGUUGGAUCCAGCAAAUUCUGCACAUUUGAGUUCCAGGGAACCACAGUCCAUAGCCGUAUCACCGUCACGUAUGUCAGUGCGGUAUCUCGAUCUCAACAUGCAAUUGUCGAACCUUACCACACAGUAGCCAGAGACUUAAAAGAGGUAGCAAUGACCCAUUCCAGUUCAUCACGGGGCUUUCACGUUCUUUGAUGAGCCCUAACGAACCUUCCGUUUUUGAAAGUGGUGGUUUUCAAAACCCAACCCGAAGGCCAAUACUUCUCUUGCAGUAAACAGUCUUCCUGCGUUGUCAGUGUUUCGGCUACACGUGUGUUCGUGUGAUGAUUAUUCUUCACGCGUGUCUCAGAUUGUUGGCGAGAUGCGUGUUAGUCUGAAUAGUCUCCAUGCGCGUGAGUGUGUCGGCUACAUGUGUGUCAGUGUGAAUAGCCAUGCGUGUCAGUGUGUCUGCUACAUGAAGCAUUGCUCACACACCUUAACUGGACAAUCCUGAAAGCAGUUCUGCUGACGGAUCCUGAGGAAUGGAUUUUUGAACAAAAAUGUGUUGCUAUUGUUUCCCCAAGCACUGUCGUGUUUGCGUUGGCACAAAAUUGUGCCAAGAGCUGAUUUUUUAUUUCUCCAAUGGCAAAUGUGCGAACUGUUCGGUUCUGGACUCGGUUUGUAGAAAGCGGGCCAGCUCCCCACACUCAGUGCCCUUGUUGAUGAUGUGUGACACUUUGUGCAACAGCCGAGCAGUUGACACUUUGUGAAUCUCCUUUGCUUCGGGCACAAAGUUCUACAUCCUAAAGGUGUAGAAAUCACAAUCCUCUGUUUAAAGCAAGUCAGGAGCGCAUGUCUAAGACUACAUAUUAAGGUAUUCUUUGAUCCGGUUAUCUAAACCUAUACCUUACAGUAUCAGCCUUCGGGCUCAUUACGUUUGCAGCAGUUAUACAUUGAGGUAUAAACGGUUUUUAUUGGCUAAAUGUGUAUCUUUGUAUAAGCCACCGUCUUGUUUUUACAAGGUGAGAUAAUGGCGAGAUCCUCACAUCCCCUUGCGAUCCCAAUUUCAUUGCAAAGCGGUAAACAUGUAAUAGUAAUAACAAUGAGUAUUAUUAACGCCCCAUGCAGAUGGUGGGCUGACUCGACGGGUGACCCGGGAUGAACAUGCAUCCUGAAGGUGCCGUGUGCGGUGCCAUCUGGCUGCAUCGCCUUGCAAGUGAUUUGUCCUAUAACAGCGCUUGGUAGAACAAGGGGUGCUUGGCAAAUAAGGCUUGGAAUAAGACUUGCAUCUUUAUCGCCUCAAAUCUUGAUAUAACGGUCAGAUCGGUGUGUGGUUGUACGCGAAAAAUCCCUAAAUUAUGACGGGGUUUCAGCCCACUGCGAAGCUGCAUUCGUCAAAAGCCAUUUAUUUCACAAACCGCGACCAUUUCAUCCAUUGAAGUGUUUCCUCGUGACUUCCACUGGGACCCACAAUUGUGUUGCACGGAAGCCAGCGUGCAGCGAAGACUGCCGUGUAGCGACGGUGCAGAUAUAGCGGUAUCUACGCCUUGCCGACUUGCUUCCAUUGUCCCGUUAGUAUUACUCUGUGCCAACAUACACCAGGCACGCAAUGCACGUGCACACGUUGUUCCCUGCUCUUGGCUGUCUGCCGCUGUGCCGGGCAGCAACAACAAUAAUUGUUUUCCUGUUCUUUUGCCAAAUAAGUAUCCGCCUCACCCCCCGGGUGAAAUGCAAUUUGCAGAUAAUUCCUUUAUAGCAAGCGGUCGUUCCGGAGACGAGUAUGGCUGUGUGACCCCUUGCAUGGCAGUGCUGUAACGGUGAGCAUUAUUGACACUGGUGGGUGACGAAUUCAAAGUUCUCACCUCUAUGCCUUUUGUUGUUACUACCUUGCACUAUGAACACUGUUAUCAUCACCCCGUGCCACGACUAUGGAACGUGGCGCCUUGUGCAAGGUGUAGGGUGAACAUGCUGGCUCGGAUGAAGGUCACGUGAAUACGUCAAUAUCAAUUCAAUCAACGAUUCAAGUGCGUCUAAUGAUGUCCAAAGUACGAACACCACUUGCUCCGUACCCCCUGGGUCUUCUCCACAAGCACAUCUUCUGUCUCAGGCUGUUUACAAAGAGUGUCUUUGUCCACGUGUCAUCCUAACGUCUGUAAUCAUGAUGUACAGAUAGAUGUGUGUGUAUAUAUGAUCUAAAACCAUUCCUUUCUUUUUAUUCAAACGUGGACUUUAAACACAGGUCGGUAUUUUACUCCAAGGCUGCUAAUUCACGUGGCUAGGGUUGCUCCGGGCAUCGAGUCAUUCCCUUGGAAUCUUCACACUCUGGAUGGAAGUUGCGACAUGUUGUGAUACUACAUCCGUGUGGUUCGGUUUUUUUUUUCUCUCUCCAGAAAACUGCACGUUGCAAACUGAUACAGGCGGUGUGCAUAUUGUUACCAGACUUUGUAAUCAUGGCCUUGUGUGUUCAUGCUGUGCCUUUUUUGAGACACGGUGCCUCCUUGCAAAAUAUUAAUUUCAUGGCUUUUGCAAUAAAUGUUAUUCCAUGAACGGCU